AUGUACCCCCUUGCUACCCCGCUGCCCUUCGCCUCGGCGCGCCACCCAACAUCGUGCUCGGCGCCAGUUCACUUUUGGGCCCCCACCUUCAAGUGGGGUAUCACAUUCGCAAACAUCGCGGAUCUGCAGCGGCCGCCCGAGAAGCUGUCGUACCCGCAGCAAAUCGCCGUCACCGCCACUGGCGUGAUCUGGUCGCGCUACAGCACCCAGAUCACGCCGGUCAACUACAACCUGCUGGCGGUCAACUUCUUCAUGGCCGUCACCGGCGGCUACCAGCUGUCGCGGAAGCUGCGCCAUGACUAUGGAGGGGGCGCGGACAAACCCGCGGUGGCUUGA